AAUUUUUCUAGUUGGGUCGAGCAGGAAAUUUUUCAUGGUGGAGAAAGAAAAAAGAAGCCGGUAGAAAAGGAGAAAAAAAUCGAAUAUUUAUAUUCAUUUUCCCUUUUACGGCUUUAUAAAAAGAUUCAUAGUGAGUUUAUUGUCUAUUGACAUCAAAAUGUCGAAUCAAACAAGCCAGAAAGUGAGACGAAAUCAGUCACCUUCAACCAUGCAGCGACCGAUGAAAGCGAUCCAUACGUUUUCAUUGAAACAAGGUAGCCCUACCCGCAAUAAUGGUCGAAAAAGUAGUCAAUCGUCAUCUCCUACACCAAUAGCAACAUCUGACGGACAUAGAGUAAAGACCAGGCGAUCCCCUGAUAAUCGUUCUUCGCCCGAAAGACGUAGUCCAAGUUCCCCAAGUCAGUUCAAAGUUGAAAGACCAAAACCUGUGAGAUUAUCUCCGAGUGGUGGAAUAAGACGUACAGGGUCACUAGACACAAUAGCUGGGCCCUACCUGACGGGACAAUGGCCACGAGACAGAAGGGAAGUAAAUGUUUCACACAGUGUACCAGAACAGCCAGCUGACAAGUCAACACAGACCCCUGAAGAAUGGGAAGAUAUGAAUGAUAAAAAGAGUAAAAAAGGCCAUAAACGAUCUGCAUCUCUUGGUAAUGGAGACCAACAACUAAAGGAAAAAAUCAAACAACAUCUUCAGAGAAGUAAAGAAGGGAGUAAGCAAAGUGCGGCACGCAGUCAGCGCCAGAGUCCAGUCCCUGGUAACCAUGCAGCGAUACAGACCGCUCCAACCACAUGUAAAGCUCCCAGUCAACCUAUUAUGAUCAAUAUCCAACACAUUCCUAAGGUGCCAAGGUAUCGUGGCAGUGUAGAAGGUCUCAAUCAGGAGAUUGAGACAUUGAGUCUUGCCAAGGCUACCUCAGGAAAUGACAGUGAUGACUUAGACCGAACUCAGGAACCAACCCCAGAUGGCCAUCGUGCCCCCGUUUUGGAACUAAUAAGCAGCAGCACACGGGACAUAGAUACCCAGACCCCCCUAGAGGAGAGCAGUAGAAAUAGUAGCAGUGCAGGAAGCAGAUCGCAGUCAGUGAGUCCCUCCAUGCCUAUCAUCCCAGGCACUAUGGACACGUCACGACCAAGCAGUCGCGACCUAGACCAGGAUAGGAUAGAAAAAGAUGAUCUUUCUGUGCAGGAGGGUAGUUCACCAGACCCUAUUAUGGUACAGAAAUAUGCCGCCAGCCCACGUCCUAACAAAUCGUAUGCAUUCGUGCGUGAACCACCAGAUGGCUGUGAGAGAGCUAAAGUUAUAGAUGAGAGCCAUGCACCUGUGUUAAAGGAGCCAUUACUAUUCUGUCCAGUAAGAAGUAAUUUGGUGUUUGCUCCAAGUGAGGGCUCAGCAUUCUGUUAUCUUCAAAAAAAUAUAACCAGUGCUGAUCUUGCAAUAGAGUCACCUGCAUCUAAGAAUACACUGACCAGCAUCGAGAGUCAGUAAUGACAUCAUGUUAAGCUAUGAAGCCACGCUAUAUAAUAUUGGAGGCUGAGGCUGUAGGUGAAUUGCUGGUAGAAUACACAGAGUGUGCUAGCUGUGGAACUAAACGGGUAUUAGCUUAUAGUUGAUGGCUGUGUAGACAUCUUAUAUACAGUAGACACAGACUACAUUGAUAUACUACUACCAGUUCAAUGAACACUUCAUUCAGGCCUCAAUUGGAGAGUAACUUGGAAGUAGUUUUGUUGCAAAGGUCCAGUGCCAUUACCAUAGUUUAACAGCCUCUGGAAUGUGGUCCUGCCAUGCCAUUUCUAGCUGUUUGAAGAACAGUUGUGUACAUAAUUUGUUGUAGGAUAAUUAUACCAUGUACACAUUCUUCCAUUUUCUGGAGAAAUUGCUUGAAAAGAUAUGGACACCACACAUGUUAUACAAAGAAUGUAUGAACAUAAAUGACUUCUGAUAAUCCCAAUAUGUUUGAGUGGUGGUUAUAAUAGGAAGCUUGAUACCAUAUGAAAGGAAGGUUUACCACAUACGAAAAGUAGUGGUAUGCCAUGCCCUCCUUUUUAUCUAUCAAUAUCAUAGAGACACUUCAUUGUGCAGCUGUUUGUCUAUCUAUCUACCAUAUAUGGUCAUCGCCCAAAUAUGGUUGCGCCCAAAUAUGGUCAUCUCCCAAAUAUGGUCAUCGCCAGAGGUCAGAGAUCUCAACAGUGGACAACGCAUUUUAUUAAUUCACAUAUGUAAAUAUUUUCCAUUAUUUUCUCAAGUUCAUCUCAUAUUUUUCAUAUUCAAUCCUGUAUAUUGUCCAGUAUAGAUUUGGUUAAUGUACAGUCCAACAUGUUUAUUUUCAUUAGUACUAUAUAUGUUUGGACCUAUUAUUAUAACAUUAUUAUUAUUAUUAUUUCUUAUAUGUUGUACGAAUAGAUGUUUUAUGUGUGAAACACUUAGCUGUUCACAUAAUGUAAAUUUAAUAUGAACCUAGGGUACAUAUUCAAAAUCAAAAGUGUGAGAGAUAAAGAGAGUGGAUGUAAACGAGACUAAAGCAUCAUGAUGUGGUCACUCUUUAAUUUUAAAAUGGAUCAAAAAAGAGGUGAAUUAAGAGGGAAAUCAAGAAAUAAACAUUGAAAUGUUCAUUCUGUAUGGAUGAGUGACAUCUAUACAUGAGUGACAUGCUGCCUUAUUAGCUUAUAUGAAAAGUGAGAUGAUGGUCAUAAAUACCAAAAAAGUACAAAGAUUCCGACUUUCUUUGGCGUUGAACUUUACAGUUAUAUAUGACCAUCAUGUGCUACAUAUAUAUGAGAUUGUCUCAGUAAAACACUGCCAUUGAAUUUAAGUAAUAUUAAGGCCAGUUAGUUUUAAAAUAUAAUGGAUGCAUUCCUGUAUUUUAAAGACAAUAUUUUGUAGUCUUACUAGGACAUAUUAUUAUAUUGUUACUAAGCCGAAGUAAAAUCGAGGCUUGCAUGGCUAACAAUAUAUCAAUUUGGAGGAGGGGAGGUCAGCCUGGUAAAUAUGGAAUUUUGUAGUAGAGAUACAUUUCAGUGACUUUGGAAGCCUUUUAUGCUAAAGUGUAUCUAAGCUAACUGUUAUCGUAUAAUAUAUAUGUGUUCUAUACACUGUGUUGUUUUCGACUGGGUAAAAAUUGAUAUAAUGAAAUAUGGGGGGGGGGGGCUGGGCAUAUAUAUGAUAUGCAUAAUGAAGGCAUUUAUAUAAGCAGUAAAGAACCACAGAUUAUUUAAUGCUAUGCGCUUACUAGCUUCAAUAUAAAUGACAGGCGUAUUUUACGUUCACAUCUCUGUAAAUAAUUAUCUUGUUGAAUAUGAAGCAAAAUACAUGUAAAAAUUGCUUUCAGAAUCAUUUUAACUUUAAUUUCAGACUGUAUGAUUCCUAAAAAUUCUAUCUUUAGUAUUGAAAACCAUCUCAUGACUUAUGAGACAAGCGAAGAGCACAGGGGUUAGAUGCUGAUAAAUAGUACUAGUCUGCUUAAUUAAGAAUUCUGAGACUGUUAACAUUUUGCCCUUUUUACAAAUGCUAAAUAUUAUACUAGUUGUAGUAGGGUCAAGCAAAUGAUGCAGCUUUCGCUUACUAUGAAAGAUGUUAUUUUACAACAAGAUUAUUUAAUUACAAAGUGACAAUGAUGGAAUGAACAUUAUUCUAAUUCUAUACAUAUACUAGGUAUAUACAUGUAUUUAUUUAAAUUAUAUAUUAUUAGGUGCAAUAUUUAGGCUGGCCAUUUUCUCUGGUUCUUUACUGCUAAUGAGUGACACAAAGAUGGAUUCAUGUAAAUAUCUACCUACGCAAUUACAGUAUGAUAAAACAUGGGCUUUAUAUAUUUAUUCUGUCUUUUCUGAACUUCAUUAAACCAGCCUCAUACCAGACAUACCUGUAAAAUGUGAUUACACAUUGUAAUUUGGUCAGUUCCAUGAAAAAAAGAAAUUUAUGCAGACUCUGUUCAUUUUCUGAAUUCAUAUCUACAUUGAACAUGUGAGGUUUGGCAUGCUACAGUGCUAGCCAUAUUAUUGUUGAAUAGAGCCUCUGUGUAAAGAACAUAAGUGAAUAGGACCUGUAUGUAUAGAGUCUUAUUAGGGAAUGACCUUGGUGCAUACUUUAUAUGGCCUGAUAACU